CUAAACAAAGUAAAAUCAGACAAAGUCCGGGACUCGGACCAGACCCGUCAGAGUAGAGUGGGUCCGGGUCUGAACCGGGUCUGAACCGGGUCUGAACCGGGUCUGAACCGGGUCUGAACCGGGAUUAAGUGUUUGUGCUGGUUGUCAGGAGCGGGAGGAGCCGGAUCGAGGAGCCGGAUCGAGGAGCCGGAUCGAGGAGCCGGAUCGAGGACCCCCAUGCGGACUGGACUCUGAUCACUGAAGCGGAUCAUGGCGGAGAGUCCGCGCUGCAAGAGACGCAAACAGGCGAACCCGCGGAGGACGAGCGUAUUGAACUUUGAGCACGUGGGGGAGACGGGUUCAGAGACGGACGAGGACGACAGGACGCCGGUCUCUGAAGACAAUGGAGGAGGAUUGGGGGACGAGGAGGAGGGGGGCAGCCCCCCCGGUGGGCCCGCUCUGGAGGUGUCGAACCGGGUCGCCCACGCUCUGCUGUCGUACCAGGGGGUCCCAGAGGGCCGGGGGGGGCAACCGGACCAACGCCACAGCUCGGGACUCAGAGACGGACACGUGAACAGCACCGACGACAGGAAGUGUGAACGAGCCGGACGGCAGGAGUCAGUGCAAACUGUUGGAAACAACACAGUGAGGCGACUGGAACUCUCCCAACUGGACGAGUUCUUCCUGAAACGUAAACUGGAGGAAGCUCAUCCUGCGUCCAUCGCCGAGUUCCUGCAGCGCAGCGACACGGCCAUCAUCUACCCCGAGGCCCCGGAGGAGCUGAGGAGGCCGGGGACCCCCGAGGCCCCGGAGGAGCUGAGGAGGCUGGGGACCCCCGAGGCCCCGGAGGAGCUGAGGAGGCUGGGGACCCCCGAGGCCGCGAGUCCCGACGAGAGCGAACAAGACCUGCCGCCCGGCACACCUGACGACUUUGCCCAGCUGCUCACGUGUCCGUACUGCGACCGCGGCUACAAGCGCCUGACGUCUCUGAGGGAACACAUCAAGUAUCGACACGAGAAGAACGAGGAGAGCUUCUCCUGCCCGGUGUGCAGCGACACCUUCAGCCACCGCACGCAGCUGGAGCGUCACAUGACCUCGCACAAAGCCCCAAGAGACCAGCCGCCGCUCAGCGAAGAAGCUGGAAACCGAAAGUUUAAAUGCAGUGAGUGUGGAAAAGCUUUCAAGUACAAGCAUCACCUGAAGGAGCAUCUUCGGAUUCACAGCGGCGAGAAGCCGUACGAGUGCUCCAACUGUAAGAAGAGGUUCUCCCACUCCGGCUCCUACAGUUCCCACAUCAGCAGCAAGAAAUGCAUCGGCCUGAUCACCGUCAACGGACGAUUCCGCAACGGAAACAACGGCAAGCCCGGCUCCUCCCCCAACUCCACAACCUCAUCGCCAGAGAGCCCCGCCCUCGCCCAGCUCCGCCACAAACUGGAAAUUGGCAGACCGGUUGGUGCUCCAGAUCAGCAGGGUCCGCUCGACAUCAAAGCCGAGCCGAUGGACUUCAACGAGUACCGGCUGCUCAUGGCCACGCAGCAAGGGUACGGGGGGUCUGGGGUUCAUCUCAACAGCUGUGGAGGAAGUCCUCUGGGGAUACACAGCUCCUCCCAAAGCCCCCUUCAACACCUGGGAGGCCUGGGACUUGAGCUCCCCCUGCUGGGCUACACCGGGCCUCUGGGUAACAACCUCAGUGAAGUCCAAAGGGUGCUUCAGAUCAUGGACAGCACGGUGUGCAGGCAGAAGACGGAUGGCAACCCAGAGGAGAUCUCCAAGCUCAGGGCCUACAUGAAAGAGCUGGGUGACCAGAUGGAGGAGCAGAAGCAGGUCCAGGCCGGCUUCCAGGUCUUGGGCCACAGCAGCCCAACAAAGAGCAUCAUUGACUACACACUGGAGAAGGUCAACGAGGCAAGAAGUCUGAUUGAUGAUUCAAAGAGACAAAUGGACGUUAAGAAGGAGACACCAAACCAAUCAAUGGAUCUCAGUGGAGAGGAGACAUUCUCCCAUGGCCAGAACCAGUUCCUGCCUUUCUCCUGCCAGUACUGCAAAGAGACGUUCCCUGGUCCCAUCCCGCUGCAUCAACACGAGCGCUACCUCUGCAAGAUGAACGAGGAGAUCCGAGCCGUCCUGCAGCCGAGCGAGAGCAGCUCUGUGGCUCGCAGGGGAGCGAUGACCUCUGUGCUGACCUCUAACGAGCGGGCGACCAGCCCCAUCAACCCCUUCAAAGACCACGUGUCUGUGCUCAAGGCCUACUUCGCUAUGAACACUGAGCCCAACUCAGAGGAACUGCUCAAAAUUUCGAUUGCUGUGGGUCUUCCUCAAGAGUUUGUAAUGGAGUGGUUUGGCCAGUGGAAGAGUCAGAACCCCCCCCGAGGCAGUCUGAGGAACCAGUCGCCCACUCAUGACUGCAGUGGGUCAGACAGGAAGCACCGCUUGAGCCAGUCACCAAGGGCGUUUCCUGUCUUUGAUUUCCAUGGAGGCUUCGCUAACGGCAGUGCCAACCACAGACUCACAAAGGGGAACAAGUUUACAGCCAGCAGGCAGACAGCAGGGGACAAACCAUCGGACCCCUUGGACCACUUGAGGAGCAACACUCCAUCACCUCUCAACCUGUCCUCUACUUCCUCCAAGAACUCUCAGAGUAGCUCGUACACUCCAAACAGCCUAGCUUCAGAGGAUGCCCAUGGGGAUAUACCACUAGACCUGUCGCUGCCCAAACACAUGGCCCAGAGGCUCGCAGGUCUGGGAGAGAAGCGACCCAGACAGAACGGUUUCAUGACCGAGCAAAGCGGACAUGCCAAAGGACGAGGGUCCAGUUCUUCAGACCUGGUCAACAUCAAGAAGGAAGUACUAGGCUCUGAAAGUGGAGGCACCUCUGUCCACCAGCUGGAGAAAAGCACCAGUCCAAUCUUUGGGAUUAAUCCCUUUGCAGGCGCUUCAGUCUACACCUCCCUGCCACCACAUGGAGCUUUUCCUCCACCCAGCUUUAUGUCUUCUGCCCAGGCCUCCAUCCCAGGCCUCAGACCCUACCCCGCCCUCGACCCCAUGAGCUUCCUGCCCCACAUGGCCUACACCUAUGCCACUGGAGCAGCCACGUUUGCUGAAAUGCAGCAGAGGAGAAAGUAUCAACGAAAACCAUGUUUCCAGGAGGAGCUGCUGGACGGGACGCUGGGAUACCUGUCGGGUCUGGACGACCUGGCAGACAGCGACUCGCUGCUGUGCAGGAAGAAGAUGAAGAAGACUGAAAGUGGUAUGUACGCGUGUGACUUGUGCGACAAAACAUUCCAGAAGACCAGUUCCCUCCUAAGACACAAAUAUGAGCACACAGGAAAACGCCCUCACCAGUGUCAGAUCUGUAAAAAAGCCUUCAAACACAAGCAUCAUCUGAUCGAACACUCACGCCUGCACUCCGGAGAGAAGCCCUACCAGUGUGACAAGUGCGGCAAACGCUUCUCACACUCGGGUUCGUACUCGCAGCACAUGAACCAUCGCUACUCGUACUGCAAGAGGGAGGCAGAGGAGCGUGAGGCGGCAGAGAGGGAGGCGCGGGAAAAGGGCGGAGGAGGAGGCGUGGUGGUGGGAGGCGUGGAGAGCACCGAGCUGCUGAUGAGGAGGGCCUACCUGCAGGGACUGGGGACACUUGGAUACUCAGACCUGGAUGAACAGCAGGAGGACGGCGGCUGCGAUCUGAUCCUGAGGAACGGCAGCGAGGGCCGAGGAGGAGGGGAGCUGAGGGAAGUGGACAGGAAGACGUACGAGGAGGUGAUAGAGCGACAGGAAGCAGGUUUCAGGGAAAGAGAAGAAGAGGAGGAGGAGGAGAGCGACAGCAGGAGCCAGAUGCACCCGACGGAGGACGAGGAUCGUAAAGAUGCGACGCAGCCGAUGGACGAGAGUUCACGAGAAGCGAAGACAGACGACUGAUCUGGAACAAAUAGCUUUGGAACAUUUGUGUUGACGGGAUUCAUUAAAGAGGCUGUGCAGACAUCAUCAGUGGGUUAUAUGAAACAUUAGGAAAUAAAUAUGUUAUCAACUAUAAAACUAAAAAUGAUCUCUUUUAAUCUGAUCAACGUCAAUACUCUCGAUCUCGUCUGUUUGUGAAUUGUGAAAAGGACUUGAAGAGAAAUCUAAUAAAAGACAAACCUACAGCACAGAGGAGACAUGAUUGAAAAAACAAAAUCAAUCAAUUAUCAAUAUAUAUGAAUAACCUCAAACACAAUUAAUCUCAGGCAGGAAAAUAACAUGUGAGGAGCCGAAUGAAAGAGUGAAACAGUUUACUCCUCAUGAAUAAAGACUACGCUCAUUAUUAGAUGUUUAUGGGGGGGGCUGCAUAAUCUCUGUACAGUCACGUUUAAAACUCCACAUUAUGCAAAAAAUAGAUAAAGUAGUGAUGAUGUUUGUUUUAAUGAUGUAAAUGUAUUCAAAGCCUAAAGCUGUGUGGUGCUAACAUGUUCUUCACUUCCUGUGUCAGAAAAACUCCACCUGGAAAUGAACUGAACUGGACUUCCUGGGUCACUACAAAAUAAAAGAGGAAAGAGGAAAGAGUUGUGGAGUCACAUCCCGUCAGUAUUAUCCUUGUAUUUCUGUCUUUUUAUUUACUGUGAUGCUUUUUUAUCCUCUUUUGUUAUUUUUCACAACUAACUUUGGGCCUCUGGAUGUUUUCUAUAUGUGAAGGAACAUUUAAACCUGAGUGUUUGUUGAUGUGAGUCUUAAAGAUGGAGGAGGCGCAGGAAAAUGAAAGUGCCCCUUUCGAGAAAAGGAAAUAAAAAGGAGAAAAGCCUUAUAUGCAAACCUGUUCCCUGUUUCUGCAUUAAUCUGCAAAGUGCCAUCCCUGUACAGUGUCCUCCAGGAGGAACUCUGGAGAACAUUCAUCCUGGUUCUGGUCCGUCACUAUUAGACAAGUAGAAGAAGCUUAGUUAGUUCACAUAUGUUUGUGCAAUUCUCUGUAUUUUCCCUGGUUUUAUUCCACAACAGUAUUUUUGUCAGUAUUAUAUUUGAGUUUUUGUGGAAUUUUUCUUCGCACGUCCAUCUGAUGGAACAGCUGCGUGGGAGAGGGAGGAGAUCAGAAACUCGCCCACUGGGCUCGAGCCCUUUUGCAGUUUUUUAUUUGAGAAUUUACCAUUUUAUUUAUGUGACUCAUUUUAUAUUUCCUCAUUUUAUUUAUUUCAUACUGUAGUGUACAGUAUUUCAGUUCCUCACAAAUAGAUAUAUUUUAGUUAAAUGUUUCUGUCAUUGACUAUUGGAACAAAAUUAUGAUUACAGAUCUUUACAGAAAAUUGUAUUUGUUUCUUUGUUUUCUUCUCUUUUUUUUCAAACCACAAUUAACCACUAAAUUCGAGGAACCUUUGAUACGAUUAUUGUUGAAACACUGUAUUUUUAAAAGUUAAAUCCACCUCAUCCCACUGAAGAGGGGACAGGAAGUUCUAAAAUGUAAAAGUAUUAAAUGUCUGAAGUAUUAUUAUUGAAGUUUUAAUGUCUCUUGGAAAUGAACAAGAAUAAAUGUAGAAUCAACAAGUUAAAUUUUAAUAAAGUUGUGUUUUUCAA